UCUUCAUUCCAUAACAGAGGAUUUCCCGCCUACUCGCAUUUCCCGCUUCCACCAACGAAAACCCUAAUCCCCAAAUAUGGGAACGAAGCAUCACACCUCCUCCGAUCCAAUCUCCGACAAGAAGCGCCGCCGGGUCGGCUUCUCCAAAACCGAUGCUGGAAUUGAAGCUAAUGAGUGUAUCAAGAUUUAUCUCGUGUCUAGGAAAGAUGAAGUGGAUUCUCCAAACAGCUUCCAAAUUGAACCAAUUGAUUUGAACCAAUUUUUUGGAGAUGAUGGAAAGAUAUAUGGUUACCAGGGCCUUAAGGUCACUGUUUGGCUAAGCAGCAGUUCCUUUCAUGCAUAUGCUGAUAUUUCUUUUGAGAGCACAUCAGAUGGAGGCAAGGGAAUAACAGAUCUGAAGUCUUCUCUCCAGAAUAUUUUUGCUGAGAAUCUUGUUGAGAAGAAAGAUGACUUUCUUCGAACAUUUUCAUCUGAAUGCCAUUAUGUAAAAUCUAUUGCCUCCAGUGCGGAAGCAUUGCCCAGAACUCCUUCAAAUGGUUGCAGUGGCAACUCGGAUUGUCAUAAAAAAGAACCUGUUGAUGUGGAGGUUCUCCGGGUUAGUGGUAUUAUGGUGGGGCAUCUUUAUAGCCGAUUGGUGCCACUUGUUCUGCUUCUAGUAGAUGGUAGCAAUCCUAUUGAUGUUACUGAUCCAAAGUGGGAAAUGUAUAUAUUAGUGCAGAAGGUUCAAGAAGACAGUUGCAUGAAAUUGCUUGGUUUUGCUGCUGUUUAUCGUUUUCAUCGCUACCCUGACAGCAUGAGGCUGCGUCUUGGUCAGAUAUUGAUUCUACCUCCUUAUCAGCGGAAGGGUUAUGGUUGUAUUCUUCUUGAAGUGCUCAACAAUGUCGCAAUAUCAGAAAAUGUUUAUGACCUGACUGUUGAAGAACCGGAGGAUUCCCUUCAACACGUGAGAACCUGCAUUGACGUGAAGCGCCUAAUUACAUUUGACUUGAUUCAUGAUGCACUUAAUCCGGUCAUUUCGCAGUUGAAGCGAGAAAACCUCUCAAAGAAAAGCCAGCCAUGUCAAUGUGGACCUCCUGGGAGUAUCAUUGAAGAUGUGAGGAGAAGUUUGAAAAUAAACAAGAAGCAGUUUCUGCAGUGCUGGGAGAUCCUUGUCUACCUCAGAUUAGAUCCCGUUGAAAAAUACAUGGAGAACUACAAGACUAUGAUCUCAAAUCGUGUAAAGGCUGAUGUCAUUGGAAAAGAAUCUGAUGGGGCUGCGAAGCGAUUGAUUGAUAUCCCAACCGAGUUUGAUCCAGAAAUGUCUUUUGCCAUGUUCAAGUCCCAAGGCAAUGAUGCUAACGGCAUUGAGAAGGAUGAUAACCAAACCAAUCAAGAGGAGCAGCUCAGGCAAUUAGUGGAUGAAAGACUGAAACAGAUUAAAUCGGUUGCAGAGAAGGUGGCUGUACAUCAAGUGUGAGGCUGCAAGUUCAGUGGAUUUAAUCUAAUUGAAAUUUCAAGAUAUAGCAGUUGAACUAACAUUUUGAGGCUAGAGAAUGAUGAGCGUAUGAAGUUACUGUUCUGUAUCUGCUUGUUCCAUCUUAAUGAGAGUUGUAACUAUAUUCAACCUUAA